AUGAAACGACACUAUUCAGCAAAGUCCGAUCAGCAGACCAAAUCAAAAUUUGUUAAAUUGACGCACGACAACAAUAAUUUUAUUACCAGUGCAAAUUUAUGUCAAUUACCAGAUGAAAUUUUAGGUUUAAUUCUUGAUUUUAUUUAUGAUCCGAGCGAAGGAUUAGAUUUCAUCCUGACUUGUAAAACUAUUUAUCGAGCACUUUAUUCGAAUCAUCACUUGUUUAUUUCAUACAGAUUGGUGAAGGAAGUGACCCGAGCAAUGAAGAACUAUACUACCAAAUCCAAGUUUAGCAGAGACGGGAAAUUGAGAAAUGGUAAAUAUGGAGAACAAUUACAAAAUUGUUUGUCACAAAUUGAAGGAUUUACAAAAAAUGUAAAAGAUAAAAUUGUUAUCAGAAAUACGACUGAACAAAAAUUUGAGCAAUUUAGAGGAUAUUUGGACAGGAUUGAAAAGGAUCAUGGAAAGGAAAUCGCUACAUUAUUCGAAAAGAAUCUAUUCGAAAAAUAUCAAUUAGUUAGAAUGACUGAAGAAGAAAUGGAUGGAAGUUUAAAGAAUACAGCAAUUGUUUCUAUUGGAGAGGUUAAACUCAAAUUUACAUGUUCAUUUGAUUAUGGAGCUUAUAAUUCAUAUUGGAUUAUGGAAUAUUACAAAAAUUAUCUGGCCGAAAAACUUGAGGAUGGAAUUGUAAAGGUUUCAAGAAAAAAAUUGCAAUCGAUUAGAGAGGAACUUGGUUUUUGCAUUGAUACCAUCAAGGAAGAGUUAAGAGAUAGACUCCUAUUCGAACCAAUCAUGAUGUUAUUUCCUUGGGAUGAGGAUUAUUCUGAGUAUGUUGAUGUUCAAUACGAUUAA